AUGGAGGGGACUGCUGAUAUCUUGGGGCUUGAAAUGGGGAAUAUCAACGAUUUUGGGUUCAUAGAUUUCAUGGAUGUAACCAAUUUUGAGCAGUUUAUUGAACUCAUUAGAGGUGAAACUGCAGAACCAGCUGUUGAAUUCUGCGCCAACUUUGAUUGUGACCACAUUACUGGUUGCAUUGCUGGAGAAAGCGAAUUGGUGCAACCCCCGGAAGAUCAACUUUUUGAUUUCAAUAUAGCAAGCUUUUCUGAGUUUAAUUUAGUACCUGAACAGACUAAAGUAGCAGAGGAGGAAAAUGAUGGGGAGGAGGAAUCUUCAGCUACAACAACUACUCCAACUAACAGGAGUAAGAAGACUGAUCGAUCAAGAACUUUGGUUUCAGAGAGGAAAAGGAGAGGCCGGAUGAAGGAAAAACUCUAUGCAUUGCGUUCCCUGGUUCCUAAUAUCACCAAGAUGGAUAAGGCCUCUAUCAUUGGGGAUGCUGUGCUGUAUGUGCAAGAUCUGCAAAUGCAGGCAAAGAAGCUAAAGGCUGAGAUAGCUGGUCUUGAGUCAUCUCUCAGCCAGCCUAAUAAUUAUCCAGGGGAAUCCUUCCUAAAUGCCAAGAAACCAAACUUCACCAUCAACCUUCCACUAAUCAAGAAGAUUUUUCAGAUGGAAGUUUUUCCAGUGGAGGAAAGAGAAUUUUACGUAAGAAUGGUAUGCAACAAAGGGCAGGGCAUAGCAACAUUACUUUACAAAGCACUUGAGUCCCUAGCUGGCUUUAUAGUUCACAGCUCCAACUUGGCAGCAGCUGCCGAAACUUAUAUCUUCACAUUCACUUUGAACGUUAACGAAUUUGAGGUGGAGAUAAACUUGCCAAACUUGAAGCUAUGGAUUGCUAGCGCUUUUCUUAACCAAGGAUUCGAUUUUGUUGCAUUGCCAUCAUCUUAGAUCAUAUUAUCAAAACAUGUAUCUGAUGAAACCAGCCAGCAGUCCCGUUACUUUUUAUUGUUACAUCUCGGGCCUCUGGCUAUUAUUAGUGUUUUAUUUUCUGGUUGAGUGGAGGCGGAAAGGCCCAAAUGAUGUGUUGGAGUCCUGGAUUGCAAUCGAAUUGGGUUCCAGGCAAUCAAGCCCAACAACCGGUUUUGCGUGUUCUUGAUGGAAGGAAGCACUCUGCUUCCCCUUAGUUCACCAAGGAAGAUCUGAAACCCUUAGUUUCGCUCAGUGGUUUGGUUGUUGAAUGAGAGGACUUGGCCAACGAAUUUCAAUUUCAUGACACAA